AUGUGCACAGCACACUAUACGCCAGCGCAACCCGGCCCCACAUACUAUAUGGCACAGGACCCAUACCAUCUCUCGAGACACCAUGGAUACUGCCCAAGACAUGCUAGCAAGGAGAUGAAGGAAGCAAACGCUCUUUGUAAGAAGGAAUAUGAGACGAUGCGACAAAACGCCGGACGAAAAAGCCUUGGCGUCAUCGCACAGGAUUUUGAAAUCUUCCUGCAGCUGUACCGGGAAGCGCGACAAAUUGAAGACGCACGACUACGGAAAGUACAAAUCAAAAGAGUCCUCGGCUCUCCGCAGACGAUGAUGGUCAAGGAAAAGAGUCCACAGACAGACAGCGGUUACGACUGGCGAUAUACGCCCCGCAAGUGCACGAAGCGCGGCUGCAAGUCCUCGCCUUACUCCCCAUUCUCCACACAGUUUUACUCUUUCUACAACACGCCAAACACUUCGACACAACUCAUGCCGCUCACCACACUGUGCCCCAGUUGCUCAAAGGCAGAGGCCGAAGGGUUCGGGGCAAAGCUGAUGGAGAAAUGGAGGAGCAGAUGCGGAUGGGAUGGUGAGGAAUGGGAUGGCUGGUACCAAAACGCAGUCCAUAACCGCAAGAAGGAACUAGAGUUCUGGGAGAAGGCGCAGGAGAGAGUUGUUAGGGAUCGGUUGGUGAAGACUGUUGUCAAGGAUGUUGCUGAGGAGCCGGAGAGGAAGGGGACAAGUGCUGAGGACAGCAAUACUCCUGAGACAGCGUUGAAGAAGGAAAACAGGAAGAGCCUUUUCAAGAGGAUGUUUGGACGAACUGCUGCUCUUGCACCUUCUAUGACUGCUGUUGCCGCGUAG